UUAGUUUGUGGUUUGAUGGGUGACACAAAGUCUGAAGCACAACUUUAUUUGUGUUGUAACAAACUCGCAUGUUGCCGUUGUUCUAAUAUCAGCGUACCUGAUGUGCUUUGUCUUUAUGUAAUCUAAAUGACAAUGUUCAUGUUGUGAUACUGCUUAAUUAAAAAUCAGCAACGAUAAGCUGAAUAUAUUCGCUUUUUGUUCCAUGCCAAUCAGAGGCCAGUGAUACCGAGCAGGUCCAGCAGCAGAGAGGGCGCGUGGGGAGAAAACACGUCCAUGACAUCAUCCGCCUUGUUGUGAUUCCCGUUCCCACCGGGCUCAUCUCGUGGACGCUAUCACAGGAUUCCCACACUGAUUUCCCCCGUGUGCAACUUCUUCAGCUCCUCCGUUACGGUCUGAAGCUCACGCCCGCCGCGUUGGCUUUACAUGCGGUAUCUUUUUUUUCGCUCUGUGGUUUAGCUUUCGACAUCGCCAUUGUUGGGUUCAGCAGAAGCGUUAUGAGGACGACUGCGAGAUGCUUCCGGUGUAAAAGUGAUAUCUUCAUGAAAGCUGUCGCGAGGAAGAGCUCUCCGCUGUGCUCAUGCGAUCGAGGCUAUUGUUAGAGGAGAUGAAACGGUGUCGGUUGGCGUGACACACCUGGGAUUGUUACAGCAGACCUCCAAGCACGUAUUCCUACUGUUCCCCACGUCCAUCGUGCCUGCAAGCGGAAAGGAUUCGUUUGUUUCGCUGAAUAUUAGUUAGAGAAGCCAUUCUAGUGUGUGUUAUUUCAUGGGGAUGUGUUCAAGGCAAGAGAGGAUUCAAAAAGACGUCGACAUCGUAAUUCAAAGGUGUAAGGCAGAGAAAGACUGCCUGUUUUCUGACUUUCGAUUCUCCGACUCCACGUUCACCUUCACCUACUCAAAAGGACCUAAAAGAUGCUAUAACACAUAUGUGUCUAACUCUGAAAACAAUGAUGAAGUGUUAGUCACCAGGGAUCCAAUACCAGUGAUUUUCCACAGAAUUGCAACAGAAAUACGCAUAAAUAACGAUGCCACCAGCUGUCUGUCUAUUAAAUCAAAACUUCAAACCGACAAAAACGUGUGCCAUUAUGCUAUAGAGGAGGAUUCAGAGGGUGACAAUGAUUCAGAGGAGUUCUACUAUGUUGGACAGAAUAAUUACACUAGCAGGAUUUGUGUCAAAGAUGGAAUGUCACAAUCACCAAGCCAGAAACUGUAUCUAUAUGGUGCAAUUGAUGAUGUGGACAUCGACCUACACAUUGAUGUCACUUUCCUAGAUGAGGAGAUUGCACUUGCCUGGGAUGUGAUCCGGAGUGAACCUGUUAUUGUGCGGCUUCACUGCUCCCUCACACAGUAUCUGAAUGGACCGGUUCCCACUGUUGAUGUGUUCCAAGUGUCUUCAAAAGACAGAUUUGGACUUGGACAUCAGUUGAAAAAGGUAAUGCAAACCUUUGUCACACAGCAGUGGAAGUGUCAGAGCAAAGAUAAACUCAUCAGCCCGCACAGCAAAAAGCAAAACGAGAAGAAGGUGAAGUCUCCCCUGCACAUUUUUUCAACUCUACGCAGAUCCCCCAGCUACCCUCCUCCUGGCUGUGUGAAGAGCAAAAAGAAGCUCAAACCUGAGCAGGAUGGCAUGUCGAAAUCCCACCGUCUGUUACGGCGAACAUGCUCCGGCACGGUGAAGCCAGAAAUGGAUGGCUGCGUCGGCAAGUCGCACAAGCUCCUGGGCCAUUCCCUCUCUAGUGACCCACGGAUGGAGCAACAUCAGCCCCUCAAGCAACCCCACCGACUGCUGUCGAGGCCCUGCUCGACCGCUCCAAACAUCGGAGCCAAAUCCAUUCCAUUCAGAGACAGAGGUUUCCUUGUUCAGACUAUGGAGUAUGCAGAGCAGCGUAUCCCUGUACUGAAUGAGUUCUGUGUGGUCUGCGAUGAACCUCACGUGUUCCAAAAUGGACCAAUGCUCAGACCCACAGUGUGUGAGAGAGAGUUAUGUGUAUUCGCCUUCCAGACGUUAGGGGUCAUGAAUGAAGCUGCUGAUGAGAUUGCCACUGGUGCUCAGGUAGUAGACCUACUGGUCUCCAUGUGCCGAUCUGCACUGGAGUCUCCGAGGAAAGUUGUCAUUUUUGAGCCAUAUCCCUCUGUGGUGGAUCCCAAUGACUCACAAGCACUUGCCUUCAACCCCAGGAAAAAGGACUAUGACCGAGUGAUGAGAGCACUUGACAGUAUCGCAUCUUUCAGAGAAAUGACCCAGGCUCCAUACCUGGAGAUAAAGAAACAAAUGGACAAGCAUGAUCCCCUGGCUCACCCACUGCUGCAGUGGGUGAUUUCCAGUAACAGAUCACACAUAGUGAAGCUUCCUGUUACUAGACAACUGAAGUUCAUGCACACACCCCAUCAGUUCCUCCUGCUCAGCAGUCCACCAGCCAAAGAAUCCAACUUUAGAGCUGCCAAAGGCCUCUUUGGGAGUACCUUUGCUUUCCAUGGAUCACACAUAGAAAACUGGCACUCCAUUUUGAGGAAUGGUUUGGUCGUGGCAUCAAACACGAGGCUUCAGCUCCAUGGCGCUAUCUAUGGGAGUGGAAUCUAUCUCAGUCCAUUAUCAAGCAUAUCCUUUGGCUACUCAGGGAUGAAUAAAAAACAGCAGAAAGUUGCUUCAAAAGAUGAAACUGCUGCCAACAAGUCCAAUAUUAAUUUGCAGUCACAGAAGAAAGGCCAGAACCCGCAGUUUCUGCAGAGCCGCAACCUGAAAUGCAUAGCCUUAUGUGAAGUUAUUACAUCUCCAGACCUGCACAAGCAUGGGGACAUCUGGGUAGUUCCAAAUACAGAUCAUGUCUGCACACGUUUUUUCUUUGUUUAUGAGGACGGACAGGUAGGUGACACAAGUAUAAACACACAGGACCCUGGCAUUCAUAGGGAGAUCCUGCGAGUCAUCGGCAAUCAAACGGCUACUGGAUGAAAGAGUUUGAACACAAUACCGCUGCCUUGACCUCUUUCCCAAAGCUGGACAUUUGAGCGUAGGAGGCCAAUACCACAUGUAUUUUUGGUAACCACAAAUACACACAAAAAAACAAGAAGCAUAUUCGCAAUCUUCAGAAUACACUAUUUCUACUGUUCCCCUGGGAUACAUGCAUAUUUACACUGGCUAUUCAAACUAUUACCAUUUUGCUAAGUUUAUAAAUACAAGGUAGAUUUUGAAAGAGCAUGGUAUGUCUCUCAGUUCAACUGAUAGACUACUUAUUUUUUGUAAAGAAUACAAAAAAUUAAACGCUUUGAAGAAUACAGUAUUUUGAGACUUUCCUGGAGAAAAUACAAUAUUCCUGUGAGGAUAUGCGCCAUCUGACCUUGUUUACUAAGAGUUGUACUUGUUAAAGUACAUUAAUUUGUGCAUACAAAAGGUGUCUACUGUAUAUGCACUUUAUUUUUCUUAAUGUAUGAUAGUUGUUUCAAACUUCCAUAUAAUCUUAAAUGCCUUUGAAAGACAGACAUAUUUAUUGUUUGACAGUGCUGAACACAAGUGAGCAACUCCUGAUGUUGACUGCAUUUACAGCUGAUGGAGAGCUUUGACAAGUGUAGUUUAAAAACAAAAUCCUUGUGCUACAGCUAAUAUUUUCUGCUACUUAAAAGUAGCUGUCGGUUUACAAUUUCUAAAGGCCUCAGUUUAGAAUUUGCCCAGAUGUACUGAACCUGCCACUUCAUUAACAUCGUCAUUUUAAACGUACAGUAUUGCUGUAACGUUUUCAUUUGAGUGACUAUACCAAGUAUGAAAAAAAAAUUAAGAUUAAAAAUACAAAAAAAUUAAAAGACUUUAUAUAUUCAGCAGCGACAACUAAACAUAAGAUGCAUGCUGCUUUCCUUACGUUUUCAGAUUUUUUUUAAAUAAUGGACAAAAAUCGGCACCCAAUUGUAAAAUGUCUUUGAAUAUUUCAAUAUAAAACUUUUUUGUAAGGUGAUUUUAAGGCAGAAUAAGUGUUUGCUGCUUGUUGUUUAUACAUUGUAAUGUAUUAACAGAAGGUUUAAAUGUGAGUAUUCUGUUCAAUUUUUGCAAUUCUUUAGUGAUGUUUAGACACCUCUGUGGUUGUUAACUUUACUUUCGAAACAUUAAAUUGUUCGAUCAUUGAAAUCACUAAAUCUUUUUUUGAAAAUGAUCACCCAAUAUUGGUAUAAGGAAAGGUAACGCGUUUGGUAAAAAUGUAUGAAAUUGUAUUCAAAAUACUAUACGAGGAAAUGCAACUUUUACGUAGUCAAGAUGUAGCACCACAACGGUUUUUUUUCUUCUCACUUAUGGGCAGAAUUAUGGGUUUUAUUAAAAUAUGGGCACAUUAAAUAUGUGGUAUUGAUUAUUUUGUGUGCUGAAAAGUAUUUUGUAUUUCCCAUGGGGCUCUGAAAUACUGGUUAAUUCAUAUGAUGUUCACUUGCAAUAUAUUCCAUUGACUCCAUUAUAGUUUCAAUUGAAUGGCAACAGCUUAAUAUUACAUUAAAUGUAAAGUGAAAGUUUAUAUAAUCAUUACGCAUUGUCAAGUUUGCCAUUACUAAAAAACGAUGUAAAUCAGAUUAAUUUGAUUAUUCUUUCAAAUCCACAAUCUAAUCAGUUAAUAAAUAUUGUUUAAAUAUCUUUCAAGGAUUAAGAUGGGGUAGUUCUUACAUGCAUGUACACUCAUAACUGUUGCAAAACAUCUAACAGCAACUUAUUUUUAUGUUUAUAUUUUUUCAUUGUGAUGGACCAUGUUCAUAUGUGAUGGGUCUAUUUGUAUAGUUUUGUACAUUUUCCGCACAAUUUGGUUAAAAAGGAUCAUGCUACUUAGCAUUUGGUGCCUUAUCGAUAAGGAUUUAAUGGCAAACCUGACAGUACUGUCAUAUAUGAAAAUACUGUAUAUAGUGUAAAUAAUGCCACAGCAACAUGGAGGCCAAAUAUUUUCUGUAGUACGUUUUUACUUUUUCCUUAUUUUGCGAA